CAUUAACCAACCAGACCCCACCUGUCAGGUAGAAACAGUGCAGCAGCGACCUGGAGUCCCGGGGCGCCAUGCAGUCUCCGGUCAGCAGUUCUCCCGUCAGGCCCGGUUUCCACAGGCUGGAGGUGCAGAAAACCACCUGGGAUGUCCCGCAGAGAUACACGACGCUGCUGGCGGUGGGCUCCGGAGCUUACGGCACAGUGUGCUCUGCCAUCGAUCAGAAGACCAAAGAGAAGGUGGCGAUCAAGAAGCUGUAUCGGCCCUUUCAGUCCCUCAUCCAUGCCAAGAGAGCCUACAGGGAACUGAGGCUGCUCCGCCACAUUCAGCAUGACAACGUGAUCUGCCUUCUUGACGUCUUUACACCCGACUCCACACUGGAGAAAUUCCAAACCUUUUAUAUGGUGAUGCCCUUUGUAGCCCAAGAUCUGGGCCACAUUAUGAAGAGAAAGAGAUUAUCUGAUCGCAUCAUCACAUAUCUGUUUUAUCAACUGCUAAGAGGCCUGAAGUACAUCCACUCUGCUGGGAUCAUACAUCGGGAUCUGAAGCCGGGCAAUCUGGCAGUGAGCGAAUCCUGUGAAUUAAAGAUUCUGGAUUUUGGUCUGGCGAGACAAACUGAGAGUGAAAUGACUGGUUAUGUGGUCACACGCUGGUACAGAGCACCUGAGGUCAUUUUCAACUGGAUGCACUACAGUCAGGGAGUGGAUGUCUGGUCUGCCGCCUGCAUCCUGGCUGAAAUGAUCACUGGCACGGUGCUUUUCUCAGGACAUGACAGUAUCGAUCAGCUGAAGAAGAUCCUCAAUCUGACAGGAACACCAGACUCGUCCCUAGUGCAGAAGAUGCAGAGUAAAGAUGCACAGUCAUACGUGCAAGGUCUGCCUUCACAAAAGAAGAAGAAUUUUAAAGUAGUGUUUCCAACAAUGAAUGAGAAAGCUGUAAACCUUCUGGAGGGGAUGUUGCUGCUGGAUCCAGAGAAGAGGCUCACAGCCAAUCAAGGACUGGCCCACCCGUUUCUGUCAGAAUACCACGACCCAGACUCAGAACCAGACUCCAAACCUUACGAUGACUCCUUUGAGAGCCUUGAGCUCGAUGUCGGAGAAUGGAAGAGUCUUAUCCACAUGGAGAUCAUGACUUUUGACCCCGAUAACCCAGGCCAGACAGCCAUAUAAGACACUUCGGUGUGGCUCUCUGUCAGGUUCAAAGGUCAAGAACAAUUGGAGAGGGAGCGAAAGCAGCAUGAACAGUUUUAGCCUUUUUGCUCCAGCUAACAUUUAUCAUUUGAUAUAAUACUCAGUAAAGGGCUGACUUUCUGGAUAUGGUUCCCUGUACAGCCAUAGCGGAAAGAUGCUGUUUAUUUUAUUAGCAAGUUUAUUGAUUUUAUAGUUAAAGCCAGAUAUUUACGUACACCAUACAAAGACACAUAUUCUUUUCCCCCAUCAUAUACCCUGUUUCUUUCUGGAUGUCACAAUAAGAAUGCAUAGACUUGUUUUUAACUUUCCACAAAUCCAUUAGUUUCUCUACAUUUUCUAAAUAUUGGAGAGAAUUUUCCCAUAAACCAUAUGACUUGAUUGAAACAUUCUGGGGUUCAUGUCAUAAGCUUCUCACAAUAGCUUGCUAGAAAUUAUCUCUUGGACAUUUACAAAUUGUAAUCUGGCUUUUUCUGUUGUUUGGAGUAAUGGCUUCUUUUUCUCUGAUUGGCCUUUCAGUCCAUGUUGGUAAAAGACUAGUUUCAGGACAAAAACUGUGUUUCUCCCUGUGACAUCAAAGUCUGUGGUUUAUCCAACAGUAUUUAAGUCUGACAUCUACCUCCUCCUUUCACAACCAGAAACAGAUCAAGAGCAGCCAUGGCAACUCAACAAUCACAGAAUCCGUUUUUUAAGUGGGAAUGAUGUAUGCUGUGUGCUUUACUUAAGAUGUGCUGCAGUGUCACUGGUUGUUCUAAACAAAGAAAUUGACUGUUAUUAAUCUGUAAUCUAAACCCUUAUGAAUGCCAAUAAUGGCAACUAAAGUGUUUAUUUAAAAAGUUUAAAAACUGCUUAAAUGUACUGAAAUAAAAGCCUAAGUAUUA